AUGACCAGCCAGUCUCAAGGAAUCCAGCAGCUUCUGCAGGCAGAAAAACGUGCCAAGGACAAGCUGGAGGAAGCCAAAAAAAGUAAGCAUCUGGCCUCAGGAAAGGGAAAGAGGCUGAAGCAGGCCAAAGAAGAAGCCAUUGCUGAGAUAGACCACUACCGGCUGCAGAGGGAGAAGGAAUUUAGGAAUAAGCAAACAAAUGUAAUGGGCUCCCAAGGUAACCUCUCUGCUAAAAUAGAAGAGCAAACAACAGAAACCAUCCAAAAACUCACCAGCAGCUACCACAAGAACAAGGAGAGCAUGAUGAAAAAGCUUUUGAACAUGAUAUACGACAUCAACCCUGAAGUCCACCCAAACUUCCGACAUGCAGCUUAAGAUCAGCUAUGUGCUGGAGAAAGAUGUUUGUAAAAAGUUGGCUUCUUUCUUGAUAACCAUAGAUAUUUCCUCCUUUAUUGUGUCUGUAUUUGUGAGAGAAAGAACACUAAAGCAAAAAGCGCACAGUUCCAGAAAGGUUUUUGAUGUGACAAGAAUUAU